AACAAGGACCCAAGUGUGACGAAAGUUAAAUUGAAAAUCAAGAAAAACAAGCAAUGUAAAGCAAACCCAGAAACCAAAUAGUAAAACAACAAAAUCAACACAAGAAUUUAAUUUUCAAAAAAACCCAAUUUUAUUCACGACAAUUUCACAAAAAUUAUUUUAAUAUUUUAUAUGUAAAAUUUAAUUUAAUCAAUCUCACCAAACAAUCCCCAUUUUGCACUGCAUUUUAAUCAAUUUAAUGGGAAUCCCUUUUUGAAACCAAACCAAAAAAUUAUUAGCGUCCUCUUCAAAUCACAGCUCCAUGGAAGAUUCGAAUGAAGUGCACUCUGAAGAGAAUAGAGUUUCUUUUGAGAAGAAUCCGAAACGGAUUCUUAAAACGCCGGCCCAGAUUAAUGCUUUGGAGAAUUUUUAUAAUGAACAAACGUAUCCUACGGAGGAAAUGAAGUCAGAACUUGCAGAGCAGAUAGGGUUGACUGAGAAGCAAAUAUCUAGCUGGUUUUGCCACAGAAGGUUGAAAGACAAAAAGGUGACGAAGGAUGAAGUUAAUGCAAAUGGGCGACAUGAUAGAUCUAGCGGUAUUAUUCAGGAUCGUGGGAGUGGUUUACGCCAAGAUUCUUGUGGAAGCACUAAGCAAGGUGAUUAUAAGAAAGUUGAUCCAAAGGAAGUUGAAAGUCAGAGACUUUAUGACCGUAACUUUCCUGCUGCUGAGCCCACAUAUGAUCGCACAAGUCGGUACACAGGAAUCCUUAAUCCCAUGGAUGAUACAUCCUCAGAAAGUAGCUCAUCUUUGCAAGAGAAAAUGUAUUCUCAAGAUGACGAUCCUUAUGAAAUGAAAUCUUCAGGGUACGUUACGCAGAAUGGAGCUAAUAGGCUAACGAUUCCCAAGGGUGCCAGUAACAUGGGGUAUAAACCGUCAGGAUAUUUGAAAGUGAAAGGUGAAAUUGAAUAUGAUGCCAUUACUGCUGUUAAAAGGCAAUUGGGCAAGCACUAUAGAGAGGAUGGUCCACCUCUAGGUGUUGAAUUUGAGGCACUUCCACCUGGUGCAUUUUCAUCCGCAAGUAGGGACCCAGUAAGCGGAGCAUUCUUCGUUGGAGAUCUUGCUAGGAAUCGUUCUCCUGAUGUUUCUGGAGCUCGUAAGCUUUCAAGCACCAGCAAUAGAUAUGAUGUAUAUAAUAAUUCCAAGAUGAGUUCUCAGGAUUCUUAUAUGGACGGUGCAAAUUAUAACCUUCAGAUGGCUUUUGAUUAUCAUGACAAGAAAUCUCACCUCCCACUGAAACGGAAACCUUCUUAUGGUCAUUCUAACUCUAGCUCUGGUGGGAAGGCUGCCAUGGAUAAGUACGAUGAUCCUGCUCUUAACACUUCAAUUCAGAUCAGUAAAAGAAACUAUAAGAUGGGCUCUAAGCAUUAUAAUAUUGAAGGCAUAAGACCAGAGACUGUUUCUAACCAUCAUCAUCGUCCUGAUGCUGUAGUUUAUAGUGAGCAGAGAGAACCUUGGUUGCAGGAAUGUAGCAAUGGCAGCUCUAAGACUGUCCAAAGAAAUAUUCCUAAGCCAAAUGUAAUUCUUGGAUCCGGUAAUACUCAUGAUACAGAGGAAAGAGCUCUGUCUACAAGGACAGCGAAGGAGGAGCAUCCUUUUGUAGAAAUGAAGGGGAUAAAAGAAUACCGAGAUCCAGUUAGAGCAAGGCCUCAUGCAGCAAAUGAAAUAAAAGUUCCGAAGCAGUUGAGACCAGAAUUUUCUGAGCAAGAAUAUUUGACAAAAACUUCAUACCCUAAUACGUCCCGAAAGAUAAAUUCAAAGAUCGGAUCUACUAUGGAGAGGCCUUCUAGUUUCAGCGAUGAUGAAACUGCAGAAACUAGUUCGUCAGACCGAGGAACUUACAGUCGAUAGAGAGUAGGAAUUGGGUUUCUGAUAUCACCUCGUAGAAGGACCCGACAAGUUUUGUACAGUUGAAAGAGGACGUACGUACGUACGUGUUUCAUAUGCUCACAUGGAAACCUCUUUCAAACUCAUUUACGUUGCUCUCGAAGUGGUCAUCAGCUGUGCAUACUACUUUGUAUAAAUUCUUUGUUAGUAACGCUUCUAUGUAAGAUAAUGUAUUAUGAUGAUUGUAAUCUAAUUGAUUAGUCUGAAUCAGGCAAAUGAUGUUUCUGGUUUUGGAGCAUUUGAAAAGUGAUGCUGUUGUAAAGACAAUGGUGCCCAAGCAUUAAUGUAGCUGUUUUCAGCAUUUUGCA